AUGAGUUGUUUUCAUUAUAAAACGCAUUCAUACAAGAGUUGGAGUUUAAUAUUAUUGUGGUGUAGUUUAAUUUUAUUCGAGUUUUUGUUAAUUGUUUUAUCAAUAAUUUCAUUCUUCUCAUUAGUUGAUGGGGUUGUUGAUUUUAAAGCACGAAACGAUCUUAAUUUUAAUUUAAUCGAUACUUAUUCUAUUGCUCAAACAGAACUAACUCCUCCAAAAAAUAGUACAUAUAUUUUUUCUGCUUUUUCUGAUUAUUUAGAAACCCAUUUUUUGACUUUCUUAAGAACCAAAGGAAUUUGGAAAGGUAAAUGCACUCCUAAUAUAAAAUUCUUUGGUCCUAAGAUUCGAGAAUGCAUUAAAAGUUAUUGUAAUGAACAUAAAAAUGAAGACAGCUGUAAAUCUUUCAUUAGUUCCGAUGGUCUCAAUAUUGUUCCUAUGGUUUUUGAACACUUCCAUUGUGUUGUUGAUUUAUACAUAGAAAAUAAUUCUUCAUCUACAAGUUUCCCAAUUACUGUUGAUUCAAUUCCUAAUUCUAUGCAAUUUACUACUUCUAUAACGGAAGCUCAACGACUUAUUAUGGUUUACAAAGUCCCUUUAUGGAUGACAUUUGAUGAAUGUACUAUUCGACCACUUAUUUCUUCAACAGAAAAUGUCAUUCAAUCUGAUGACGCCACAAGAGAAAUUGCAUUAACACAAGCUGGAAAAUAUUUAGCAACACCAACACUAAAAACUACAGGGAGAAUAAAGAAUGUAAUUAUUGUUGGGUGGAACCAAGACUUACUUGGAUUUAUAGUAAAAGAGUCUAAAGGAGAAGGUUUUGGACAAAGUAAAAUGUACUGGGAAGGAGAUCGGAGUGAUUAUGAUAAAGAAGGAAGUAAUAAGUUAUGGAAUAUUUGUGCUUAA